UUUAAAAGUAAAUAUCGAAAUAUCACAUAAUGACCUCUUCAAAAUAUGACAGGUACCAGCUAUUCCUGGGAAUGGAUUUAACGGAUACGUUUCUGAACAUUGGUGAUGGGUCGGGCGAGGGGGCUGACCACUGUGAAUUGGUUGGGGGGCUGGAGGUGAAUGCAGUUCUCCCUGGGACAUACAUGAGCGCACCUGCAUUAACAGGGUAUGCAAGACACAAUGCGGGCGAGGAAUUCAACGUACGAGCUAUUGCAGGAGGUUCAGGGUGGUACAGUAACCCGUGGUAUGAGUGUGGGGUCAAGAUACCCUGGCCCCAUGAACCAGCCUGUAUGAGUGCCACACCCCCUUGUUGGUACGCCUACAAUGUGUCAGUAGACAACAGCUUCAAUGGAUGUACCGGUGGGCAGAUACUUGUGAAGAGAACUGAAUACACAUCGGCUCCCUAUCUCGCCGUGCAGCUGUGCAGUAGUACAAGGUACAAGUUAUUCCUGGGUUCUAGUUUAGGGGCCUCAUUCAUGAACAUCGGGGACGGUAAUGGAUCGGGUCAAGACCACUGUGAACUCGUGGGUGGGUCUGAAGCUAGUGCGACCGUAGCAGGAGACUACAUGAACUCGCCGUCAGCAUCUGGUACGUAUAUGUACACCUCCGACAUGUAG